GUCAAAUGACGCCAUCAUGCAAAUUGCCAAUUCAGGAGAUAUAUAUUGAAGAAUUUCCUGAUGGAAUAAAGGUUACUUAUAGAAAAUCUUUCUCUGGCAUUUCAAUUUUUAGUCCCUGCACGUCAGGCGUAGUUGGAAGUCAGUAUGACAGUGAGCGUUUCGGGAUCGUUUUCCCUAAAACAAAAUGCAAGUCCUCUUGUCCCUCUACCCAGUGAAGGCCUUGCUCAAUAGUUUGGGUUUAUUUGUGAUUGCCAGUUUUUAAUGUUUCUUUCCUGUUACCGAACUAUCAUAAAUUUCGUCAUAACAUUGUCAAAGCAGUCUGCGGAUCAUGCGAUUUCUCUUGCUUUGUACUCAGGUCCAUUGCUUACCUGCCAAGAUAUAAAGAAUCAUAGUCUUUCUAAGGGGGAUGGAUUGUACUGGUUGGACCCGGAUGCAGGAAGCCAUUCAAAUGCAUUCCUGGCCUACUGUGACAUGACGUCAUACAAUGGAGGAUGGACCAUGUGUUACACUACUGAUGAAUAUGUCAAACCCAAGACUGAAGUCACAUACAGCACUCAGUUUCCUUAUGGAAGUGACGGCUAUAGGACCAACUGUAACAACAUCCCUUUUACAGAAAUAAUGUUCAUCGAUCACCAAACGGAAGAUAGAGCCUGCUUCAAGCGACGUGAGAGUCAACCCAUUAUGGCCACUGAGAAUUAUGGGAAAACUGCCGAUACCUUUGGCUUGUGGGACAGUGUGGGAACAGACAACGCUUACUCCUAUCAGCUGUUAAUCUGCGAUCACUCAUUCUAUUCCGGCUUCUUUGUUUCUGGUUUCACGAGUAGUUGUUUCAAGUUCUGCGGUUCGUGGUGCGGUGAUAUAUACUCGCCAUUUUUCCGUACAGCAUCCACCAGCCCCUCUUACAAGGGUGUGGCCUUUAACAUCAAUGGUCAUAAACCAUUGGACAACAGGCUUAUUAGUGUCGGUGUGCGAUGACAUGAUUGAAACAUCAGCUUUGUCUGUUGUAAUUUCCAUAUCAAUCUUGCCCAUUCUUAGUUUAUUUAUUCAGUUUAUUUAACCUUUUAGGUUUCCUUCGAGUUGAAGGCAAUUUUAUACUGAAAUUCUGCUACAAGCCGAAAUACUAGAAAAUGUCACGUUAUAAAAGUGGACUAAUAAAUCCCUUGUUCGAUGGUAUAGCGCGGUUUUCAUUUGAGUGUCGAAAAGUAAUUGGUUUUGCUCUU